AUGGAAGAACUUGGUAAUUCAAUGGAAAGGGUGUUAGAGAAACAGGGUGUUUGGACACCAGUAACACCACAAAAGUUCUAUCUCUCUCGGCCGCCGGAGCCGAUUUCCGGUGACAGGGCUGCCGGGAAUUGGGUUCAGCCUGUGGUUUUCAAUGCUGUGACUUCCAUGGACACAAACAGAGGUUUGUACACUAGUGCAUUGGCCGCCAAACAAGGUACAGUACCGGAAGAGGAGGGAAUUGUGUGUGGGAAUUCAAGCAUAGAUGGUCCGAAAUUGUGUAAUUGGGACGAGCUUACUUUUAUGGAGCUAAUGGUUCUGGCAAACAACACUCAACUAAUUUCAGAAUCUGCGUUUGAUGAUGGCGGCAUUGCAAAUAACAACAAUCAAAGCUCAUUGUUUGGAGAUCAUACUUACGCCAACCACCCACCAAUACAAAAGGAUGAUAGAGCUGAUCAAGAAGGAGGAAAGGAUGAAAUAGAUAAUAGAGCUGAUCAAGAAGAAGGAAAGGAUGAAAUGCAGCGUGAAGGUGAGAACUCACAGUCCACUCCAACUCACAGAAAGAGACACCACAGUGAUAUAGACUCGAACAAAAAGUCAACACAGAGACCAAAAAGGAAAAAAUAUUGGCCUAAGAUAGCAGUUGAAGGCAAAGCAAGAAAGGCCCCAAAAUCUCAUAAGCCAGCAUCUUCAACUCCAACUCCUAAAACUCCAAAAACUCCAAAACAGCCAACACCAAAGCGUGCCACUUUGAAGAAGAGCAAUAAUGCAAGGAAGAAAAAUCUCAAAGUAUCUGUCACUCCUGGGAAAGAACAUGCUAAUCCUCUUGAACAUUCCGCAAAGGAAGCCGCAAUUGAUCAGAAUCCUCCUGAACAUGAUGCAAAGGAACCAGCAAUUGAUGAUGCAAAGACUGCAGAAGCAGUUGAUCAGAAUCCUCUUCAACAUGAUGCAAAGAUUGCAGAAGCUAUUGAUCAGAAUCCUCUUGAACAUUCUGCAAAGUGUGCAGAAGCAAUUCAUGCUCCAAAGUCAUGCAGGCGAGUUCUCAAUUUUAUAUUAGAAGCUCAUGGGAGACAAAAUAAUGAUUCGACAAAGAGAAAUGUUAUUACUGAACAGAAUUCUCUACUAGUGUAUCGUAGGGUAUUCCAAGCCAACAAAUGUGAAAGAAAUAGCAAAUUAAUUGGACCAAAUUUUCCAAGAAUUUUCAAGAAAAGAAGGAUGGAGAUAGAAAAGUCUAUAUUGCAUUGGGGUGAAGGAAUUACUGUCCGAAGACGUGGUUUUGUAAAAUUUUUACCAACACAAUUUCAAAGAACACAAGCAUUUAGUGAUCCCGAAUCUUUUUGGUGUAUAUUCUCGUUAAUCCCAGCAGUAAAGUCUAAAUAUAAACAGAGAAGAUCGCACAGGCUAAAAGGAAUUGACAAUAUCCGAAUGGAAGUACAGGAUAAUAUUGUUGAAAUUGGCAAAAAUGAACAACCGGUGGAAGGACAGAAUAAUAUGGUGACUUCUCAUGAAAGCCCUGUGGAUAUUGUUCAGAGAUUAGGGUUGGACACUCCAAGUUCACAGUCGGUCACUAGGUCAGAGGUUAAAAGUUCAGAAGUUCACCAUUCUAUGGUUCUAGUCCAGGGACCAGAGUCGGUCACUAGGUCAGAGGUUAAAAGUUCAGUGGUUCAAAGACCAGCUCCAAAGGUCACCCCUAAAAAGAAGAAGGUUCAGAGACUAGAUUUGGUCACUACAAAAAGAUUGAUUCAGAGACUAGAGUUGGCCACUCCAACCCAUACCGGGUUAGAGUAUGGAAAUAAUAUUGAUGAUAUUACUCGAAGACUAAAGGAUGUUUGUAUCAAUGAUGAAGGAUGCCGCCAACUUGUAGUUCAUCAUCAAAAUGCACCAUGCCGCCAACUUGUAGUUGAUCAUCAAAAUGCACCAUACCGCCAACUUGUAGUUCAUCAGCAAAAUGCACAAUGCUGCCAACUUGUAGUUCAUCAGCAAAACACACAUCCUGAGCGUGAGCAGUCAGGAGCUCUAGUUCCGCGUGAGCAGUCGGGAGCUCUAGUUCCCCUUAAGAAACGCAAAUCACAGCCCAAAGUUGAUCUUGAUGCAGAGUCAAUGAGGGUAUGGAAACUGCUGACAGAUAAUGAUGGCUCUCAUGAAGAAGAAGAGCAUGACAAGGAUAAGAAGAAAUGGUGGGAAAAACAGAGAGAAGUAUUUCGUGGACGGGUGGACUCAUUUAUUAACCGCUUGAAUCAUAUCCAAGGGAAUAGGAAGUUCUCACAAUGGAAAGGUUCAGUUGUGGACUCGGUGGUAGGAGUUUUCCUGACUCAAAAUGUGUCGGACCAUCUUUCAAGUUCCGCUUUCAUGAGUCUUGCUGCUCGAUUUCCUCUUCGAUCUACGAGUAAUCACACAGUAUGCAAUCUACAAGAAGCAGCUGAGGAAACAUGGAAUGAAAAUGGCAAGCAGUCACCUUCUCUAAGACAGAGCAAAGAGACUAUAGGCACGACGAGACCAAUUUCUGGUGAAGGAGAGGUUAACAAAGUUGUCAAAGAUAAAUCUGCAAUUCAGAAUUUUGAUUCUUUAACCGGUGGAAAUCUGUCAGCCACAUUCAUGCCCUCCAAUAAUGAAACUUCUUGUUGCAAACUUGACAAACACUCGUGUGAUGGGACUGGAAUUGAUGAUGGAAAUCGGAUGGAGAAUCAAAAGAAAGGAUUAAGCUUAUCAGACAAUGUAUUUGACUUGGAAGGUGCAUAUGUAUCAGGCCAUUUGCCUGGUUCCAAAGUUCCCCUUGCCCCUUCUAAUAUGGAGAUUGAUUCUCCAGGGCUCUUGGGAGGCUUUGAAAACAUAAAUAUGAAGGAGACGGGGGACACAUAUGCAUCAUUAGACAAGUGCCAAUUGCCCGGUGAAAGUAGCUUCCAAACAGAAGUCGGGAAAGAAAAAAUCUUACACUCUAGCAACAAUCGUCAAGGAAACAAUAAAAUGAUCUUGCAGCCUGAAACAACCUUGAGAACAAAGAAAUCCAAGGUUGCGGAGAAGCAAGAAAACCCAAUUAACUGGGAUGAUCUAAGGAAAACCUAUUCCAGCAGUAGAGAACCUACUCCUACUGGUGAUGCGAUGGAUUCAUUGGACUGGGAGGCAGUCAGGAAAGCACCAGUUGAAGUGGUCGCUCAGACCAUUUUGGACCGUGGAAUGAACAAUGUUCUUGCAGUUCGAAUCAAGGAGUUUCUUGAUCGAGUGGCUAGAGAUCAUGGAAGUCUCAACCUUGAGUGGCUAAGAAAUGUACCAUCACAGAAAGCAAAGGAUUACUUGUUGAGUAUUGAAGGUCUGGGUUUGAAAAGCGUGGAGUGUAUACGGCUUUUGUCACUUCGUCACCAUGCCUUCCCAGUGGACACAAAUGUCUGUCGGGUAGCAGUGCGUCUAGGCUGGGUCCCUCUGCAACCACUUCCCGGUGAUUUACAGAUACAUCUCCUAGAGCAGUACCCUAUGUUGGACGCGGUUCAAAAGUAUCUAUGGCCGCGGCUGUGCAAACUUGAUCGACUAAAACUAUACGAACUACAUUAUCAGAUGAUUACUUUUGGGAAGAUUUUUUGCACAAAAAAAAAUCCAAAUUGCCAUGCAUGUCCAAUGAGGGGAGAGUGCAAACACUUUGCGAGUGCAUUUGCAAGUUCUAGGCUUGCCCUGCCAGGGCUACAGGAGACAGGUAGAGGAAAUCCAGGGGUUCCAGAUGCAUAUGCUCCAAACCCUGUUGUGGGCAUUACACCAAUAACGGGGUCCCUCCCCGAGGAGAACUUACCGGACUCAAGAUACCAAAGCAAUGAUUGUGAACCUAUCAUUGAAAUGCCAGAUUCUCCAGGGCCUGUAGAUACCGAAACACUUGAAAGGGACAUUGGAGACAUUGAAGAUUUGUUCACGGAGUCCGAUGACAAAAUACCUACGGUCAACUUAAAUGAAGAAGAGUUUAAAAGCAAUUUAAUGGACUAUAUAGAGAAGAACAAUAUUCCAAUCUCAGAAGAAGAUAUGUCAAAAGCUUUGGUUCUUCUAAGUUCAGAAGCUGCUUCGAUGCCUGCGCCUAAAAUAAUGAAGUAUAUUGCCCGAUUAAAGACAUUGCACAAUGUCUAUACGAUUCCGGAUGACCACGUCCUUUUGGAAGGGCUAGAGAAGCGGGAUCCUGAUGAUCCAAGUCCGUACCUUCUUGCUGUAUGGACACCAGAAUUUGGAGCGAGAACGGUUCAGGAGAUCUUUGCGAAAGGAUUUAUUUGUGUGAGAGGAUUCAACAGAAAGACUCGGUAUCCCACACCAAUUCCUCGUAAAUUUCACAUAUCGGCAUCUGAGGUAGCAAAGAGGAAGACAAAGAAAACAAGGAAAUCAAGGAAAACAAGAGAUAGUAGUACUGCUAAUCCAUAG